AUGGCCCGCAUAAAGCAGGGUGUAUUCUCCUGGGAGGACGUACUCGUCGAACGAUACCAGAGCAACAAACCCCCUGCCCUCCCACGUCGCCGCCGCACUCUCUCAGGAUGGCAACCACAGCUUCAGUGCUAUCUACUCUCCCGUCUCUCCCCCGAGCUUCGCCUCAUGAUCUGGGAAUACGUCCUUGGCAGCCACCGUCUACACAUCAUCCAGCGCAGCGGUCAAAAACUAGGCCACAUGGUCUGUCCACUCAGUGAAAACCGAAUGACCGAUAAGACGCGACGCAGAGUCUACGGCAACUUCUGUGAGAUCUGUACUGGGGCUGGAAUCGCCCAACCGGUCAAAGAGGGCGAUCUGCGUCGGAGGGAUUUCUUGCUCGGUCUCGCUUUGACUAGUCGGCAAAUUUACGACGAAUCAAUUCACCUCCUCUAUACACUCAAUACCUUCGAAUUCAGCAACCCCUGGACCCUUCCAUAUCUUCGCCCAACUCUCCCUCCAAAUACCUGGGAAUGUAUCCGCAACGUCGAGCUCCGCUGGUCAUUCCCAGGCCACUGGCUUCCAAGCAAAGACCCCGUGCGCGCAGUCUACGUCUCUGCAGGACGCGUGCAAUGGUUAGAAACAUGUCAUAUGCUGAAAAAACUCCCUGCACUGCAAUCAUUCGUGCUGGUACUAGGGAGCAGCUGGUUUUGCGAGCCCGUGGAGAAACUGCCUGUAUUUCUCGAGCCGCUGAGUGGAUUGCACGUGAAUUGUCCACGAGGACUCGUCCGACAGCCCGUGGGGCUGGAUCCGGAAUUAUGGGAGGUUAGCUCAGAUGAGGAGUCCGCUUCAAGUUUAGAAUCUGGAUCUGGAUCUGGAUCUGGAUCAGGGUUCAGUUCUAGUCCUUCCAGCUUCAGCUCGUUGUCCAGUGCAGGCGCGAAUCCAGUUUCCAGUCCGAGGCCGGUCCUAUCUUCUCGAUCGUGCUCUGGUCCUCAGCUUGCGAGCGGGAAGCUUCAAGGGAAACACAAUCUCCCCGUCAAGGAAGACCUAGCGCUGGCGUCGUGGGAACUCAGAUUGCAGGGCCAGUCGUAUUACGUGAACGAGCUUGGGAAGAUCGGUGAGGAUUUCCAGCGGAGGGGGAUCGACUGUUGCAUCACGACUGCGUGA